UGAGAGAAUGAUGCCAGGUUGACAGGAUUCUGUAAGUCUCUAUAAAGUUGCCUUAUCUAGCUGCAGCUUCAUUAGUUCUACAGCUACACGAAUCAGCAUGGCAGGACCUAUCUUACUUUUGGCAAUUACGUUGCUCGCUACAGUGGUCUCCGCAACGUUACCUUCACAGCCACCUAGUUCUUGUGCCGCGAUCCAUUGUGGUCCAGGAACUGCGUGCCAGGUACAGACCAUUUUCUGUAUUACAACUCCAUGCCCACCACCAGUUGCAAGAUGUGUCCCAACGAAUAAACCAGGAUCAUGUCCAGUGCAAGACGGUCUCAUAGGUGCUUGUGUAGUGCGGUGCAACAAUGACGCUGACUGUUUUGGGAACCAGAAGUGUUGUGGAUCCUGUCCCCGACAGUGUACUGAUCCAGCCCCUCCUUUAGACAAACCGGGCUUCUGUCCCUACAUCGUGAACCCCUACCCGGGGUACUGUCCCGUCCCACACCGAUGCAGGAGCGACUUUGACUGCUAUGGCCGAGCAAAGUGUUGUGGGUCUUGCCCAAGGAGAUGUGCUAGUCCUUACCCUUUUUUCACCAAAGGGUGAAGUGCUGGAAAUACAAUUUAGUUAUUAUUAAUGACCUUGUUAUUUUUCUAUCUGUCAAACCAGCCUUCUGAAAACAACAAUUCACAUGGCUGAACAUCAUGUUCUCUAUACGUUGAUAUUGUUUUACUUUCAUUUUGUAGGAAACAAAACAAAAGCAAUUACCAAUUACAAUAAAACGU